AUGGAUGGGCAGACGAGGGUAGACAAGGAUAGACAAGGGUUGGCAAAUUACUGCUGGGCGGAAGUCACGGGUCCCAUUCCUGUCGGGUGGAGCCGUGUUUCCACCGUCUACUACCAAGUGUUCCCGGUGGCAAUUUCGAAGACAGCGACUGUCGGCAUCCUCAGCCAUCAAAGAGCAGAAGACGGUCGCUUUCCAACACCUCGCACUCUGGAAGGUUUCCAUCCCAGUCGACGACGUGCUAUCGCCAGUGAUGAGAUUGUCCUACAAGACCUACACAUCAUUAUUCGGUUCCCGCGUGUUGUGCCACAAUUAGAUCCUCCUAUUCUCGAACUGUACUGUCUCAUUCAUGGCGAUGGUGCCAACCAUAUCUUUCCGGUCCAAAUUGCGAGUACAGAGUCUGUCGGUACCCUCAAGAAAGCCAUCAAGGAGGAGAAGUUCGCUCUCCAACACAUUGACGCAGACACCCUCAAUUCUGGAAGAGAUUAUCUUCCAUCCACCUCAGGAUGGAUAUCUACACAUCAUUGUUCAGUCUCCCCCUGUAUUAGCAACCGUGUCCCCAAGGGCCGGGCGGAAUGGGCUUCAAAGUUUGCGCAAAAGGCACCUUCGGAAAAAGGGAAGCCGAAAAAUUUCGCUGCUGACCAGAGAAGAAACCCUCCUGCAUUCUGUUUCAAUCGCCCACCAUCGACUGCCGCGACGAUACCUAUCACAUUGCACAAUCCCAUAUUUGGCCAGUUCCAAGAUGACUGCAACACUUACAUACCGACGAAGGCAGACCAUGACUUAAAGCUGUCAAGUUCUAUGUCAGAGUUUUGCGAUGCCGAGAAAGGGAGGGUGGAGAAGAUUUUGGAGGAUCUUCGGUGCAACAACUUUUGCUUCGGGCUCAUGGAAGUCAAGUCAGAGAUUAUCCUAGGCGGUGCUGAGCCUAUCUUUGAAGCGGCCUGGUACUACGCUGCUAAUCUGGGCUCCAAUCUCCCUUGUUUUAUUCUCUACAUCGCUGGUGAGGUUGCACGCGCCCUGCUGUGGACCAUACACCCUCAUCUACAAGUUGUAGCACCUACUUUGCCGCUCUUCUAUCACACAUCCGAUGUCGAUAUGCGGAUGCAAACCGCGCGUUUUUUGGGUGCAGUGAGCGUUGAAUACUACGAAUCCGAACUUCCAUGUAUUACUGCCCUGUCCCCUGCCCAGCCACCCAACGUGGGAUUCCCGCAUCCUACCCACUUCCUUUCUCUGGAUGACAAUUCAUUCGAAUACUUAAGGAAGAGAAACUCGUAUUUAUGGCACUGCCAGUGAUGACAAAAUAUGCAUCAAGUUCGUCCAUCAAUACUCGAAGGAAGCAUUGCAAAUCCUCAUCAUUGGGAUUCGUGCCUUCCUACGGCUUUCAGCCCGUUCCCGGUGGAUGGUAUAUGGUUGUCAUAAAUUUCAUCGAUAAUACUUAUCAUGAAUUGGAGGAUUCAUAUGCAAAAGCUUCAUUUGAAACCGGAAGGUGACCAGUCUCCAAGCAGGAUAUGUGCACGGUGACAUUUGAACUACCAACAUCAUGGUGAAGACGGUACACCCGGAAUCAUGCUAGUUGACUUU